UAAAAAAAUUUUUUUUCCUUGAAGACCAUGGAUUCUAGAGCCAGAUGGCUCUGUUCCAAUUCCCACCCCACUCCCAUUUAUUAGCCAACGUUGGGCACCUUAUGUCACCUCUCUGUUCCUCAGUUCCCCAUCUGUACUGUGGGAAUAAUCUUAGUCCUAAUCUCCUAGUCCAGUGGCUCUCCAAAGUGUGAUUUUUGGACCAGCAGCAUCAGCAUGGCCUAGAAAUUUGUUGCACAUGCAGAUUCUCAGACACUGCAGGGGAGCCCGGCGAUCUGGGUUUUAACAAGCCCUCCAGGAGAUUCUGAGGCUUAUCCUAGGUCAUCAGGAAGAUUAAACAGAUUACACAAAUAUAAACAUAUUUAGAGCAGUGCCUGGCCCCACAGCCCAUACUGUGUAGGGGCUCGCUAUAAUUAUUAUUAUAGCUGAGGUCCAGGACCCCAGCCCUGUGAAGUGUGUGGGGUCUGGCUGUGCCCUCUCUCCCUGUCUGGUAGGCAUCUGGGUUCCUGGUCUCUGCUGAAUUGAGUUCUUGCCAAUCUCUGUUGAAGAUGACAGUGAGCCGGCCACAUCAUCCUAUCCCUGGCAAAAGGUUAUCGCUUGGUUGGGGAAAUGGGAAAGGUCAGGGUAGCGGGGAGCAUGCCUGCCUCCCCUCUGCUGGAAGAGAUAAAGGAGGUCAUUUGGUUCCUCUACCACAGGCGUGGGAGCCAGGAUGUAUAAAUGGGGGACCAGAAGGCAGCAGAGGCACCGACCUCUGGGAAACUGCCUCGCUGUGCCCAUUCUUGCAUCCCAGGCAUCACUGUCCAGCAUGGCCAAGAGCCCGCUGCUGCUGCUGCUAGCCAUGUGGGUGCUGGCUGGGGGGCUUUGGCUGCAGGCUGAGGCCCGGGCGGCACCCUACGGAGUGAAGCUUUGCGGGCGGGAAUUCAUCCGAGCGGUCAUCUUCACCUGCGGAGGCUCCCGGUGGAGGCGGUCAGACAUCCUGGCUCCCGAAGCAAUGGGGGAUGCCUUCCCAGAUGCAGACCCAGAUGCAGACAGCGAGUUGGAUGAGGCAGUGGCCUCCAGCGAGUGGCUGGCCCUGAACAAGUUCCCCCAGGCUUUCUAUGGGGGCCGACCAGGCUGGCAGGGAACUCCAGGAACUCUGCGGGGCGGCCGCGAUGUCCUGGCUGGCCUCUCUAGCAACUGCUGCAAGUGGGGUUGCAGCAAGAGUGAAAUCAGCAGCCUCUGCUAGACUGGAAGAGUGGGUGGCCAGAGGAUCCAGGGGGCAUGCUAGGCACCUGUCUGGCCCCUCAUACAUUCAUUCAUCAGCAAGUCACGGAGGUGAGGCACUAUGGACUCGGACACAGUCCUCUCCAACAACCCUGACCUUAGACUAGCCUCUCUUGACCCUGAGUAAGCUGUACCCCUACUUGGCCAAACGGACACCCCUGAUACUGACUCCUGCCCUCUCCCCAGCCCACAUCAUGCCUUUGUCUGGAUUUUACUGUCCCCUGUGCAACGGUGCCCCUACUCUACUCAAACUAGCCAUACUGAGGCCCUUGCCCAAACUGUGACUCUCUCCUGCCCCCACUGUGGCCGCUGUCCCCUGGCCAGUCCACAUGAUGCUCUUGCUCCAACGCAACCUUUGCUCUGCCUUCCAGCCCCUCUGCCUCCAGCCCCACCUACUGGGAUUCUAAGGCUGUGCAUCCCAGGGUUGGUGGCAGGACUGUAGGUUCCCUUCAUAGCCUGGGGUGGGAGGCUGGAUAUAGGCAAGGAUCAGAACCUUCUGUAACCCCAAUAAUAAAAGU